GUCAGUUUCCUUUAACUGAUUGAUAGCAGGAUCUGAAGCCUGAAGCUCUCUCUUCUCUUCUUAAAUAACCUAUUUCACUCUCCUUCGCCUCUUUAACCCCUUCAAGGUUCGAGCAAAAUUCCACUCAGAUCACAGAAUGAUAAAGGCUCUCAAAAAGCUCAAAGUCUGGUCAAGAAACAAGAAAAAGAAAAGAAAGACUCAUGCCCUUCAGCCUUCUCCUCCUCCAGCACUCCACUGUUCCUGCUGUUACUGCUCAAAUCAACCCUCAGCUCCGCCUUUACCUUCCUGGGUGGACUUUGAUCAGACGCAGGAGCCCGCUUCGGUAUCUGGGUUGUGGCCGCCUAGUGGUUCAGAUCCUCCUGCAUCUCAUACUCAUCAGUUUGAAGCUGCGUCAGAGGUUAUCUCAAGGAACCCAAGGGGUUUUCAAGCUAAGUGAUCGAAUUGAUGGUUUGAUCAAGAUUUGGCUUGGGUGUUAUUGUGUGACAUCGCCACAGACAAACUAUUAAAACCUCAAAUGUGGAGAUGGCGUUAAUGAGAUGUGGAGGUAGGUGCUUGCCUAGGGCUGAUUUUUCUCUUGGGCUGAAAAGAAAUGAUUGUCAAACCAUUUCUUCAUCGUCAUCUAGAAGGGAGAUGAGCACCUAGCUUGCAUCAUUUCUUUCCUUAUGCCCAAAAUGCAGGCACACACUCCUGGCAGAAUACGAGCAAAUAGUAGCUCCUUUUGCCACUUCGGUUGCACAGGCAGGGCCUCUGAACCUCCUGCCAUCUUGCCAACAGCCUUUAAGUUUUGUACUGAGUGGUUUGUAAAAAGCGGGAUGAAGAUUUUACAUCAACGGGUAUUCUCCAAACGUGAGCAAAAGGACAAUGUUACUUUUGCAUUGAUUAUCCAAACGCAUAUUCAACAUGCAAGAAACAUGGUUUCCUGCCUUUAAACA